AUGACUGGCAGUCCCGGAUAUACACACGGCAGUCCCCCACCUAUGGUUUUUCCACCUAUUCCAGAAGGAGCGAUCCUACACUUGAAACCAUUAUAUGUUAACGCUCACAUCUGUGGUAAGCCGAUUAACAAGGUUUUCAUUGAUAAUGGAGCCAUCUUCGAUGUCAUGCCUCUCAAAACUUUGAAGAAGUUGGGCAAAGGAAUUGGUGAUCUGUCUCCAGUAGAUAUCGAGAUGACAAGCUUCACAAGGCAACCAACGAAACCAGAAGGGAUGGUGGUAGCCCCUAUUGAAGUCGGACCAAAGGUGAUUUCAACGGUAUUCUUUGUGGUAGAUGCCAAUACUACUUAUUCGGUCUUGCUAAGGCGAGAUUGGAUUCACGCUUCCAAAUGCGUACCUUCUUCUCUCCAUCAGCAUAUUAUGUUUUGGAAAGGAGAUAAAGUGUUCAGAAUGGAUGUCAACACUAAUCCGUUCGGCUCCACAGAAGUUGUGGAAGAGUCCGUACUUUAUUCUUAG